GUGAUUCCUUUAUAAUUGCCAUUUUAUAUCUCUCUCUAACUUUCUCACACAGUCACGCGCACGCAUAAUUAGUUUCUCUCAAGGUCGUAUUUGUAAAAUUCAAACUUCAACGACAUUAAAUAUUCAAACGGUGGGUCAGUUUGACUGAAUGAAUAAAUGAGGAGAGACGUGGGGGGACCAUUUGCCCCCAAUUAUUCUACUAUAGUCUUAGUUGAAAUCUCACUCUUUUUCUUUCUUCUUCACUGGGCUGGCUAGGAUAAGAUACAGAGUGGCCUCUCUUCUGUUUGCUUGCUGCUGUUCUCUUCUCAUGCCUCCCACUGACUGAUUGCACUCAAAUUUCCUACUUCUCUCCUCCUCUUUCUUUCUCAUUCUUAUUCUCAUGUGUUACUUUGUGAACUCCAAGCUCACAAAGUACUCUCUCCUCUGAGGCUCUCCUUAGAAGUUGAUGAGAUGACCAUUCCCCACUUGUUCAGAUGCCCAAUUAGCCUGGACUUGUUCCAAGAUCCAGUCACUCUAUGCACAGGUCAAACUUAUGACAGGCCAAGCAUAGAAAGAUGGCUGGCUGCAGGCAAUCUCACAUGUCCAGUCACAAUGCAGAAACUUGAUGAUCCAGCCCUUGUGCCUAAUCACACUCUUCGCCAUUUCAUCAAUCAGUGGCUGCAAAUGGGCAACCAAUUUGAUCCUGAUUACUUGGAAACAAUUGGUUCUCUAGCUUCACUCAAACACACCCUUGAAUCCCAUGAGGUUACCUUAAAAAGCAAGGUUCAAGCACUCGAAAAGAUUCGAGCUUUGUCCCAAUCAGAACCACCAUCCACAAGUAAUUUGUUCCUCCAGUUGGGAUUCUUGCCUCUACUUCUAGAACUUGUGUUUGGAGGAGAAGAAGCCAAACAGAAACAGAAACUGAAACUGGAACUCCCUCAAGAGUGCUACUAUAUAAAGUUUGUGGAGGAUGCACUUUCUUGCACUCUAAUUCUGCUACCUCACGGAAAAUUGGAGUCUCUGAAUAUGCUCAGAGAAGAGAGCAAAUUAGCAUCCUUCCAAGCUUUAUUCGCUCACGGCACUGCCUUGAUCAGGAUGAGUUUGUGCCGUCUCAUAGAGGUAACAUCAACAUCCCCGGAGACAAAAGAACUCUGUUAUAUGUUUGGAAAGAACCAUCAGCUCUUGCAUCGGAUAUCGGUUCAGUUGCUUCAACAGAAUUCAAAUUCAGAGGCUGCAGAUGCUGGAAUCAAAGCCAUAUCAGCAUUAUCUUCCUUGGAAGAAAACAGAGAGAUUCUGGUAAGACAAGGCGUGGUAAACGGACUCAUAACAUAUAUUAAUUCAAGCACAGAAAGACGCGAAAGAAGCUUGGCACCAUUGGCAAUGGCCACACUUGAGAAGCUUCUACGAUUAGAGAGUGCAAAAGAGGCAGUGAUUAAUUAUAACAAUAACAAUAACAAUAAUAACAAUUUGAACGGCGUUCAUGCUCUUGUAAAGAAGGUUUUCAGGGUUUCGGAUGAUCACCAAGGCAGUGAGAGUGCCGUUGGGUGUCUAAUAAUUCUAUGCAAUGACUCUUUAUUGGCACGAGAAGAAGCCAUCAGUGGUGGAGUGUUGACUCAGUUGCUAUUGCUGCUGCAGAGCCAGUGCAGUGGCCGGACCAAAACAAAGGCAAGAAUGCUGCUCAAGCUCCUCAGAAGAACCACCUAGUCGUCUCAGUCAUCAAAAGCUUCUGUGUAGGCUUAGUUUGUAAAGCUUUUGCGUAAUUAAUUAAUGCCUAUACAAGUCCUAUUUGGUUUCUAAGGGCUUCUGUGUUUAUUUGGUCUCCGUGUGGAGACAGACAUCAAACUAUUGGGAAUCCAGGCCAACAAAUAAUUGCUAAACAAGAUACUUUUACAAA